UCAUCCUCAACUUUCUCUUCUUCUUGGACAAGUAUUUGACUCUGACUCAUACUCAGAAGCUCCAGAAUACACUUCACUUUUUAUAUUUGUAAAAAUUCCAUUAACAACAGGAUUGGUUUUCUUCCUUGGGAUGUAAAGUGCUGAUCUUUUGAACACUCCCUUUUUUUUUUCUCUGUUUUCAUUUCAUUUUUAUGCUUUCUUGCCUCCUCUGUUUUGGUAUCUUUUUCAGCUUCUCCUUCAAAUGAUCUUUCUUUCCCAAUUCAAAAUUUGAACUCCUCUUUUCAAACCCUUUUUCUUUGUCCUCUCAACCACAGUUUUCCAACUCUUUUAGAUUCCAAAUCUUUCACUAUCUUUGGUGACAUAUGAGUGUAAAAACAGAUAAAGUUACUCUCUUUCUUCUUGUUGGCAAGUUUUGUGCCUCUUGAAAUUCCAAUUCUUGAAGACCCUAUUGGAUUCUUGAGCUAGUUUGUGAGUAAAAAAGUUCAAAACAGAAAAAUUUCUCAUCUUUCUUGUUGUUAGCAGGUUUUAAGACUCUUAAAAUUCCAAUUCUUGAAGUCCCUUUUGGUUUCUUGAGCUAGUUUGUGAGUAAAAAAAGUUCAAAACAUAUAAAGUUCUCAUCUUUCUUGUUGGUAGCAAAUUUUGACCCUCUUAAAGUUCCAAUUCUUGGUGACCCUUUUGGUUUCUUGAGCUAGUUUGUGAGUAAAAAAGUUCAAAACAGAUCAAGUUCUCAUCUUUCUUGUAAUUAGCAAGUUUUAAUUCCAACUCUUGGUGACCCUUUUAGAUUCUUGAACUAGUUGGGGGAGUAAAAAAGUGCCAAAACAGAUAAAGUUCUCUUCUUUCUUGUUGUUAUAAAGUUUUAAGCCUCUUGAAAUUCCAAUUCUUGAAGACCCUUUUGGCUUCUUGAGCUAGUUUGGGAGCAAAAAAAAAAGUUAAAAAAACAGAGAUAAAUAUGAUCAUGGUGUUUUCGGAAUGAAAUAAUUACAAGUUUAUUUUCUGUGUUUUCAGCAAGUUCUUGAUUCUGGUGUAAAAAGGAGAUGGGAAUUUUGGGGAUGAAAGUUGGUUUUUGGAUUUCAAUGAUUUUGGGGUUUAUGGUAUUGGGAAAAGUGCAUGGAAUAGGAGCAAACUGGGGAACACAAGCAACACAUCCAUUGCCACCAAACAUAGUAGUGAAGAUGCUGAAGGACAAUGGGAUUCAGAAAGUGAAGCUGUUUGAUGCAGAUUCAGAUAUCUUCAAAGCACUCAGUGGUUCUGGAAUUGAAGUCAUGGUUGGAAUCCCAAAUGAUUUGCUUUGGAGUUUAGCUAACAGUUUGGGUGCUGCUGAGAAAUGGGUAGAAAAGAAUCUCUCUUCAUAUGUCUCUUCCAAUAGUGUUGAUAUCAAAUAUGUUGCAGUUGGCAAUGAACCAUUUCUAUCUCAGUUAAACGGAACAUAUCUGCCAACAACAUUCCCAGCUCUUCAAAACAUCCAGGCAGCCCUCAUAAAAGCCGGUCUAGGCAAUCGGGUGAAAGUAACAAUUCCUCUCAAUGCCGAUGUAUACGAGAGUUCAAGUUCACAACCUUCAACAGGUGACUUCCGCCAAGACAUCCGUGAUCUCAUGGUGAACAUUGUCAAGUUCUUAAAUGACAAUGGAGGCGCAUUUACUGUCAAUAUCUAUCCCUUUAUAAGUCUAUAUAAUGAUCCCAACUUUCCUGCUGACUACGCUUUCUUCGACGGAUACUCAAGCCCCAUAGAUGACAAUGGGAAAAUCUACAACAACGUGUUUGAUGCAAACCACGAUACCCUCCUUUGGGCAUUGCAGAAAAAUGGAUUCCCAAAUAUGUCAAUUAUAAUAGGGGAAAUUGGAUGGCCAACGGACGGAGACAACAACGCAAACUUAAAGGCUGCCCAAAGAUUCAACCAAGGAUUCAUGACUCAUAUUUUAGGUGGAAAGGGGACUCCAAUGAGACCUGGCCCCAUAGAUGCUUACCUGUUCAGUCUGAUUGAUGAGGACGCGAAAAGCAUCCAGCCAGGCAACUUUGAACGACAUUGGGGAAUAUUUUACUUCGAUGGUACGCCUAAGUAUAGUCUUUCCCUGGGUGGAAACAAUAGAGGUGGUUUAGUACCAGCAAGUGGGGUCCGUUAUCUGGAUCGCAAGUGGUGCGUGUUGUCGCCCUCGGCUAGCCUUGAUGAUCCUCAGCUGGCUGAUAGUGUGGGCUAUGCAUGUUCGCAUGCUGAUUGCACCAGCCUCGGACAUGGGACAUCGUGCGCGGAUCUAGAUGCUCGUGGCAACAUUUCGUAUGCAUUCAACAGUUACUAUCAGGAAAACGACCAGCUACCUACUGCCUGCAAGUUUCCAAACCUUUCGAUGGUCACAAACACGGAUCCAUCACCACCUGGUGGAACCUGUAAAUUCAAAAUCAUGAUCCAAGCAAGUAAACCUAGCAGCGAUAAGAGCAACGCAUUUACUUCUAAGCCUGUCAAUGUGAUGUUUCUGGUUGUAAUAGUUUCUUUGUUGAGUGUUUUGUAGAACUUGUUGAGUGUUUUAUAUAUUCCUGUCACAUAUGCUGAAAUUGUCAUCAAUGAUUUUUGUUUACUACGUUA